AUGUCUUCCUUCUCUUCUGACAGUGAAUCUGCUGCUUAUGAUCAAAUGAAUUGUCAACAUGUAUCAACUUCUACAGCUUCCAAUUUUAAUUUAUAUUAUCAGAACGUCCGAGGGCUUAACACUAAAAUUAAUACUUUUUUUGGUAAUGUAUGCGACUGUGAGUUCGAUAUUGUAUGUCUCACCGAGACAGGACUUUCCUCUAGUGUUAAAAGUGAUGAACUCUUUGGAUCCGGGUAUAGUGUUUUUAGGAGAGAUCGUUCUUUUAAAGAAUGUGGUUUAUCUAGGGGUGGAGGUGUUUUAAUUGCUACUAAAAGUACUUUGUCUUCCAGUGUUGUUUCCAUUCCACAGCAGUAUGAUUACAGCAUUGAUCUAUUAGCGGUGAAAGUGAAACUGGGACCAAAUAAGAUUAUUGUCAUUUUAACAAUUUAUAUCCCCCCCUCUGUAAAUUGUGACACAUAUGAGAAAUUCAUUGAAUUUCUAUGUACAUUAAAUUGCCUCCUCGAUAAUAAGGAAUGUGUAAUUAUUGGUGAUUUCAACUCGACAUAUUUUUCUGUUAAUGGUACUGAUCGUAAGUCAAGCUCGCUGCAAAAUUUCUCUUCUUUUGCUAACCUGACUCAGUACAACUGCAUUACAAAUCAAGAUGGACGUCUCUUGGAUUUAAUAUUUAGUAAUAUUGAAUGUAAUGUUUAUGAAGAUCCUCUGCCUAUGGUGCGUGUUGAUCCUUACCAUCCACCUUUGAAUGUUCACUUCGCUAUUAAACACACACGUUUUAAAAAUUUUAAAUCCAACCAGUCUGAAUGGCAAUUCAAUUAUAGAAAAGGAAAUUAUAUCAACUUAUACCAACAUCUAUGUGAAUUUGAUUGGAAUGUUCUUCCUGAUACGUAUGAUGUUAAUGUAAUGUGCGACAAAUUUUAUUAUUAUCUGAAGGAAAUCUUUCGCCUUCACAUCCCUUUAGGACCUCGUAAAUACUCAAAGCGGUAUCCUCCGUGGUUUUCAUUAGAUAUAAUAAAAAUGCUUAAAGCCAAAGGAAAGGCUUAUGAACGUUACAGGAAAAGUCCUCAAAGAGAGCUUUAUGUUGAAUUUCAGACUCUUAGAUCAGAGACAAAAAAAUUGAUUUCAGCAUCGCACAAAGCAUAUGUACACAUGAUUCAAAAUCAAAUUCAUGAGGAUCCCGCCAAAUUCUGGGCCUUUGUCAAUCUACAACGUGGUAAGUCUAGGAUACCUGGGGUAGUAAAUUACAAUGAAUCCAGCCAUUGUACACCUACUGCAGUCCUUAAUGCUUUUGCUUCUUUCUUUGCUAGUGUAUUUACCGAUUCUGAUAAUACCUUUUGUGCAUCCAGUUCGAUCAACAUACAAUCUUUAAAUGUAAGUCUGCCACUUAUAACAAAUGAAGAUGUUGUUGCCGCUUGCAAGAAGUUAAAAAGUAAAUUUACAGCCGGAGUCGACGGCAUCCCGGCGUUUCUAGUGAAAGACUGUGCAGUCCUCUUUGCAACACCACUUACCCAUCAAUGCCACAAGAUGUCCUUGGAGAAGAUACAGAGACGGCUCCUGAAGUAUCUAGCCUUUAAAAACGACAAUAUAUACCCUCCACGCAAAUUUCCAGAGAACCGGCUACUUGAAAGAUUUAGUAUUCCAGCUCUAGAGAUAAGAAGAAAUAUCCUUGCUGUAUCAUUCCUAUAUAAGGUCGUCAAUGGUUAUAUCGAUACACCAGAAAUAUUGGAAGUUAUAAAAUUUCGCGUGCCACAACUUCAGCUCAGAAGUACAGAUACGUUCUAUUUGCCUACAGCCAGAACAAAAUUAUUGAAGAAAUCACCUAUAUAUCUGAUGUGUUCAACCUUCAACAAAUACGGGAAAAGCUGCGAUAUAUUCUACGAUAGCCAAAGAUGCAUCAGAAGUAUCAUUUGUUUAAAGUCGAUGGCUAAUUUCCAAUAG